UCACCACACGGCACCGAAGUCCGUACUCCUUAGCCUACCAAUAAACAUCAAUAUCCCUAAAAUACCCCUGCCAUGCCAGUUUGAUAACCAUGUCCAAAACCUUCAAAUACGUCGAUUUCCAUCUCUCGGAGAGGAGAGAGAUGUCUCAAAGCAGAGAAAAUGGGAGCGACUUUUGGAAGCCGUACAUGUUCCUCGCCGAGAAAACCAGCGAUUUUAUCUGGCGGUGGCUGAAAACGGUAAUCGGUCUUCUUCUCCUUACUUCCUUUCUCUUCGUCUUCUACCUUGCUUUCUCAAAUCAAUCCCAAUGGAAAUGCCCAAAAUGCCCCUACGUUCUACCGGAAAUCCCCUGCUCCUCUCCGCCCGAGCACCAGCCCUCAAUAACUCGGCCCGACGGACAACCGAACAUCUCCCAUGACGGACAAACGAACAUAUCCCACAUCGUCUUCGGCAUCGGCGGAUCGGUGGAGACGUGGCCGAAGCGGCGCCGUUACAGCGAGUUAUGGUGGAAACCGGGCCAGACCCGCGGGUUCGUGUGGCUCGACAAGAAGCCGCAUGAUGGAGACACGUGGCCGGCCGUGUCCAUACCGUACCGUGUGUCGGAGGACACGGGUCGGAUCGGUCGACGAUCUGCGGAGCGGAUAGCCAGGAUCGUGGCGGAGAGCGUGCGGCUGGAGAUGGAGCACGUGCGGUGGUACGUGAUGGGGGACGAUGACACGGUGUUCUUCACGGAGAAUCUGGUGGAGGUGUUGGGGAAGUAUGAUCACGAGGAGUACCGAUACGUUGGGGGCGUAUCGGAAAGCGUGGAGCAGGCCGUUAUGCAUUCGUACGGGAUGGCGUUUGGCGGUGGAGGCUUCGCGAUCAGCUCCAGCCUCGCACGUGUACUCGCACGUGCCAUGGACGGCUGUCUGGAACGGUAUGCGCACUUCUACGGCAGCGAUCAAAGGGUGCACGCGUGCUUGAGCGAGUUGGGCGUGCCGCUCACCAGAGAACCGGGUUUUCACCAGGUAGACUUGCGAGGCGACGCAUACGGCCUCCUUGCGGCCCACCCGGUGGCCCCGCUCGUUUCACUUCACCACCUCAACUACGUCAAGCCCCUCAUCCCAUCCGGCUCCCAGUUCGAUGCGCUCGAGGCGAUCCUCCGCGCGUCGCGCUUGGACCCGAGCCGGUCCCUGCAGCAGACCUUCUGCUAUGACACGCGGCGGAACUGGUCCGUCUCCAUAUCGUGGGGUUAUACGGCCCAGAUCUAUCCUUGGAUCCUCACGGCCAAUAUGCUCGAGAUGCCGCUCCGGACGUUCAAGACGUGGCGUAGCUACCGUGACGAACCGUUCACGUUCAACACGCGGCCUUGGAGUCCCGACACGUGCGAGAACCCCCUCCUGUACUUCUUGGACCGGGUGGAUGCACUGGGAAGGGGGGUGACCCGGUCUGUCUAUUCGCGGUAUCGGGCGGACCCGAAAGAGUGCGAGCGGGCCGGGUUCGAGCCGGCUCAGAAGAUUAAAAGUGUCGAGGUCUUUGCUUCCAAGAUGGGCCCGGGCGAGUGGAGCAAGGCUCCACGUAGGCAUUGCUGCGAUGUACAGAGUAACGACGGACGAGAAAGUGAUAGCAUUGAGGUCAAGAUACGUAAGUGCCACGUUGGAGACAGUCCAUCUCUACAGUAAAUCGCUUCUCCUUUUGUAAAUAAGAAGAUGAGUAAUAAUGAAAAAAAGAAAAGAAAAUAGCGGUGUGUUGUAUUCUUUUUCCAGUUUUAACUUUUAACCGGAGAAAUACUCCAGUGCUUUUACUGCACUAUAAGUUACAGUUCUCCUAGUUUUACCGGUUCAAUUCGACCUUUACAAUCUAUUCAUCCGA